AUGAGUGGGGGUGUAGAUAGUACUGUUUCAGCUUUGUUGUUAAAACGGAAAGGAUACGAGGUGGUUGGUGUAUUUAUGAGGAACUGGGAUGGAGUAGAUGAAACUGGUAUCUGUACAGCAGAUAAGUUUCAGUCUUAUUCACCAGCUCCCGCCGACGUCGAGGUUGAAAACAUCCGACAAUCUGUAACUGGGAAGGGCAAGUACUGUACAGGAAAAGCAUGGAAGAAUUCUGCCGGAGAAUAUAUCAGAUACCGUUGCUACGAUCAAAACAUUGAAUACAAAAUCGGAGACUCAGUUUUUAUUGAAAGUCAACGCCCAGAUCAACCCUUCUAUAUCUGUAACAUAACAGAGUUUAAACGAAGUAAACGAGAUCAUCUGGUCGUCUGCAUUCGAUGGUUUUAUCGAACAACCGAAGUUCCAGAAACGGUUUAUAAUUUCCUUAUCAAGGAUCGAUAUACAGAGCAUGGCGAGGCUGCGUUACACGACCCUCUGGUCAAGUCACGCGAGUUAUUUAUCAGCAACGCAACUGACCAGUUUCCAGUUAAUGUGUUGCGUGGAAAAUGUGGGGUAACUCACUGUUUAGAUAUUAUAACGGUAAAGCAGUUUGAACCAAAUGACGAUGCGUUUUUUUAUACACUAAGUUAUAAUCCAGAGACAAGGCGACUAGCAUCAACACAGGGAGAGAUACGAGUUGGUCCAUCUCAUCAAGCUAAGGUUCCUAAGUUUGAAGGGGAUAUUCCUCCCAUCGGUCGACCAGAUAGAUACGAGGAGCUUACUUGGGAGCCUGGUAGGACGCAUGAUCAUGAUCUUCUGAUGUUCCUACGAGCAGCAAGGUCUAUGGCGGCUUUUGCCGGUAUGUGUGACGGAGGAUCUACAGAAGACGGUUGCUACGCUGCCAGUAGGGAUGAUACUACUGCGAAUGCUUUGAAUGUUUUACACGACUGUGAAUAUGACACUGGUACAGCUCUACAAACUCUAGUGAAGAAUCCUGUACCUACCGGGCUGGGAAAGGAAUGGUCAGAAGACGAGAACCGGAGAUUUAUAAAAGGAUUAAGGAUACAUGGAAAGAAUUUUUUUAAGAUCAGACAAGAGUUUCUUCCUGAAAAGGAAACAGGUGAUCUCAUAACUUAUUACUAUCUUUGGAAGAAAACACCUGGAGCGUCAAGUAGUAGACCUAGAGGUAGGAGACAUCGUCCAAAUGUAUUAAGACGAGCUAAAUCCACCAAAGAGAGCGGAAAGAAGAAAGAAACUAGCUCUGCUAGCGAGGUAGAGGAUAGUGGAGCAGAAGAUAGUGGAGAACGAAACCCUUAUCAUUGCCGUCAUUGUUCCUCGAAGGUUAGCAAAGAUUGGCACCAUGGUGGAAAAGAGUUGAAACUUCUAUGCACUAAUUGUAGGAUGUACUACAAGAGGUACGGCGAAAUGCCGCUCCUCCCUGGAAUGGUUAGGAGUCAGUUAACAUUCCGACCAAUUAGUCCAGGAGGGACGGAGGGCUUAGGAGACGUCGAAACAGAGAUUCGAGGACUUGUAAAGAGGAUAUCUCCAGACGGAGGAGAGGAGAGUGACAGUGUUCGUUCCUACAGCAGUCACAGUGAAUCCGGGAGUAGAACUCCGGAAGAAGACAUGUCCCGAGCCACUACUCCAGGAAUACAUCAAGAUACGGAACCAAUUCACAACGGUCCGUCAAUCAAUGAUAUCGAAGGUGAUCUUGAUGACGAACAUAGUAAGGGAAUAGUAUUGAAUGAAAAUAAAGAGCCUGAAAAUUUGUCUCAACCCAAAGAGUCUCUACCCCCAGGACAAAAUUUAUACAGUGAGGCGAACAAUUACAGAAAUAAACAAAUAUUAGUAAAUCCCCCGGUUAGUCCUGCUCCAAGCGUUCUCUCCAAUUCUAUGGACUACCAACCUGCAGAUCUUUCUAUAGGAUCCUUGAGUGCUCAUAACUCUAGUAUGGUUCUUCCUCCUCUUGGGCAUGGCCUUAUAUCUCCAAGUCUUAACACAAGUGGGACAAGAACUCCUGUUGAUCUGACGUCUCCAAGUCCUGGGCCCCAACCUGAAAUUCAGGUUCUGGAACCUGAACCUGCCACUACUCCAAAUUCUCCCGUAAGUAGUGCUCCUAGAGAACCGUCUCCGGAACCAAGGAUAGAUGAUAUCGAAUGCCAUCGCUCACAAUCUGCCAUCUUUGUAAGACAUCUUAAUCGAGGAGAAAACAAUUCUUGCGCUAGAACGGAUCUUUUCUUUAAACCAGUGCCUGAGAGUAAACUUGCACGAAAAAGGGAGGAGAGGAUAAGGAAGACUGAAGAGAAAGAGCGAGGAAGCAUGUUAGGGACCGGAAUAUCUCCUGGGUUAAGAAUAUCUCAAAACUUAACUCCUAACUCUUACAGUUCAAUGCAAGACAGGCUGGAAUUGGACCGACAUGAAAAGGAGAAGAGGGACAGGGAACUUUCUGAAUUCCGAGAUAGAGAAAACAGGAUGAGAGAUGAAAUGUUCCGACGCGGUGGUAUCCGUCUCCCUGGUAUACCUCCGCAUGAUCCAUAUCUGGAAGCUUCGAGGAGAUACGGAGCACCAGGCCUUCAAUCUCCGUACUCGCUUAGCGAGAGAAUGUCCGCUGAAAGAUUAGCCGUGGAAAGGAUGGCGCUCGCAACUGAUCCAUUGGUUCGAUUACAAAUGGCUGGUAUCAAUCCCGAGGUGUCCGCCCACAGUCACACCCAUCUACACAUGCAUCCUGAUGCCGCAAUGAUGCUGGGCCAACCGACUGGUAUUCCCGGAUAUCCAGAUGGAUUCAUGGACCUUUUGACGCUAUCAGGUCUUCGAGGUGGAAUACCAGGAUAUCGGCCUGACUUCGGAAACCUUGCAGGUUUAAGACCACCUGGGGCAGAUUACCUUAGCAGAUUGAUGACUCCUCCAGGUCUAGGUGGCCAUGAAGCUCUUCAAAGACAGUUGUUGUAUGAACGAGAACGAGGAUUGAUGGGUUCUCCAAUGCAUCCUGGUGCUCUUGCUAAUCAGCAUAUACAACAUCAACAGCAGAGACAACAAGAGGAGUACUUUAGAGCUGCACGGGAUAGAGAGAUGAAGGUUCGAACACUUGAAGAAGCUGCAAGACAGGCGGGAGGGAGAUAGGUUCUGCUCAGAAAGAAAUCAAUAAUGUUUUUUAACAUUUAUUGUUUGAUAAUAGUUGAAAUAUUGAAGAGAAUCAACUAUGAAAUGUUUAGCGAGCAUGAAUCUACCCCGCUUUGUUGACAACCCAAUGAACUUAACCUAGAACGAAAGAUUCAACUCCUGUUAAAAUUCAUUUAUAAAACUACUUGUUCUGUAUCUAUAUUUGAUUUAGAUAUUUUCUACAAUACAUAAUGAUCGCUUAUUA